UCUACAGAAAUUAAUCACGAUCGUGAUUUUUUUGUAUUACAUUCAUUCUUCACAUCGUUGUAAUUUGUGCAAAAGAAAAUCGGACGCUCUCUUUACGCGGCAGGAUUCAUUCGCUAGGCCAAGGUCAACUACCCCAUCCAACAUUCCGACAACACGAUCCAAAGAAAGAAUCAGCUGAUUAUUCGCCGCAAGAGCAGCGCUGUAUAGUAGGAAUAGAAAAAGGGAAGACCGAAAAAAUGAAUAGAGAGUAACUAUCGCUCCUGGUGAACGGCGUGCAAUUUAUCCCGAUUUAAAUGUCACUCGAGACAAUCCCAGUUUGAUAUUGAAAUUAAUUUCCGCUCUUCGCGCUCCGCGUGGCGUGAAUUGCGGCCGAUGAAGUUGCGGGCUCGAUUCAUUUUGCGGUUCGUGGUUGGUACCGGAAGGUCCAAUCAGCUAAUGCGAUUCACCUAUUUACGAAUUCUCGUCUCGACGUAACAGCGGAGAGAAUAGAGAAAAUAGAAAAAACUUCGAGGAACGGUGCGACGGAAAAACGGACGGCUGCUUGUUCCCUCCGGUGAAUUGCAACCAAUUUAUUCAGAUUCAAGUGUCAACCGGGUACAAUACGCGCGAAUUUAAACAUCCAUCCUGAUUUAGGCUCGUUGUAAAUCGUGCACGGCGCAACGUAACGCUUGAUUUAUCGCCUCCCGACCUCACGUUGUUUUUGUUUCUUCCUUUUUUAAAUAUUUUUUUAUGAAGCUAGGUUUUGCAAUAAUACAGCUCAGGAAAAAAAACAUUGUAGUAUUGUAUUGGAGAAGAUUGUGGUUUCUAGUAUAAUCAUGAUUUUAAUCGUAAAUUUUACGUUCCCAAACAGUAAAAGUCACGGAAAAAAUCGGAGCAACUAAAAUAAAAAAAAAAAUGUAUUUAUUUUUUGUUAAAUAUUACAUAUUAAAAAUCGAAUUUUUCAUCUAAAUAUUGUCUUUUUGAGUCAUACAAGAAAAUGUUGAUAAGAUAAAUAACUAGAGCCAAUUUUGAUGAAAUACGUUUGCUCCUGGGGUCGUUGACAUCAAACCUUUUCAAGACUAAACAAAUAUGAAGGGCAACAAAACCACUGUUGAGCAGUGAUAAUACGAUUACCGCCUACCUGCUUUCGGUUCACGGACUUUACCCGUUAUCAUCGGACUGUAAGAGCAAAACAUCGGCAGUCAGCGUGCUGCCGAAUGACGCGAAACACCGCUUCGAUCGUACCCGAUUAUUACUUGCAUCAAGCGCGAAUCAAACUCACGCAUUGCUAAAUAGUUCCGCACACUUCGACCCUCCUGAAAUCUGCUUAUUUGCAUCGAUUAUCAAUCAUCAACUUUUCGGUCAACGACUCGAAGCGACUUUGUAGGUGGAAUUAUUCGGCAUACCGAACAGCGCCAGUUACUUUGUACCGCGAAUAACGUGUCCAUUAAAAUUUCACAACGUCCGAUAAUUCCCGUCAAUGCUUUACCGGAAAAUGUGUUUUCUACUGGAAUAAACAUUCACCUGAUAGGUUCUCAUUCAAAAUACGUACAUAAGCUCGUGUUGCGAAUAAAGAUUAACAACAACUGUGCACACAGUUCGGAUAAUCGAUUGAACGAUUUGUAAUUAAUGUGCCCGCUGAACGAGACCGCUGAAUUUUCGCUGAUCAGGUUUAAUUAAUCGGUCAGCGUUAAUUCCUCGCGUAGUAAAACCGCGCGCCGGAGGGAAAAUAAAAAACAAACCACCCUGCCGCUAAUGAGCAUAGCAAACGAAGCAAGAGAGAAGUGAAACGUUUCAGAGUGAAGAAGAGACGGGGAAAUACAAAAUGAAAAGUUGAAAAUAAAAUGUAAAACGAAAAUAAAUAUCGGCAGUAUGGAUUUGAACGCAACUGUUUUCGAAUAAAAUAUCUCAUGACAAUAAUAAAUUAUACCGAUACUGCACGAGGGCGAGUCGCGUGCUCAUAAUUUUUUAAGUUAAAAGCAUUAUCUUAAACGACCGAAAAAAUCUCACCACAAUUACUGGUAAUUAACGAAUCUCGUGCGAAUCGGCAACGAAACGAAUGAAUUUCUGAAACGAAGAAGACGUUGAAAUCCACGGCCUAAAACUAACGAUUCAAACUAUUUAAAGAGUCUUGAAAAUCUCUCAGAUGAACGAGCAUUCUAUACUAAGAAUUAUUUACACCUUGUAUAAACUACGGAGAUUAGUCAAAUUGGAGGGACAAGUAUAAAUAAGACGAUCCACCGCUUGCACUUAAAUGUAAAAGGUAAAUGUACAAAACGAGCCUGUGACUCGCGACUAUACAGGCGGAAAGAAGAGAAUAAAAUAAAUACGAUAAUAAAUAAACCAAGGCCGUGUGUAAGUUUAAAAAAUAAAUCGAAAUAAGCACCAAUUCCCGCAAGUUUAAAAUGCGAUAUAAAUAACGUUGUGAAAGUGCAUAAUGGCUGAAUUUAUAUGUAAACGUUAAACUUGUACCGGUUAUAGACCACGGCUGAAACGCGGCAGGCAGAGGGAGGUAUAAUAAGAGAUUCCUAAUUUAAACGUCCGUCACGUGGUGUGCGACACAUUAGUGAAAUUGCUUCGUGAGGGAAUAACUUUCUUGGAAAUGAAAUACCUGGGAUAAGAAAUCCGAACGAAGACGCAGGGACGCGGAGUAAGUGGAACGCCGGUGAAAAGAAGAUAUGAUAAUACACACGUUCGUGAUUUAUUGUCGGAUGAAAGAUUUUAUGGUUCAACUGUUCAACAAUUCUAUUGUGGAUUGAUAUAUGACUGUACGUCGAGUUACGAGUAAUUAACGAGCAAGCCGUAUCGCAGGGUCGCGAAGAAGGAGAAACAACGACUUUGACGCGAAGCGAUAAGGCAGGAUUAUACUUGCAAUCAAAGCAACGAACUUACCCGUUCGACAACAAGCAAACCGAUUCGCGACAUCGACGCGAAUAUACGAUAACGGAAUUCUAUGCGGUCCGAUAUGUAAUCGAAGUUCGCCGACUUCUUUAUUAUAAAGAUUUAUCGUCAAGAGAGCGUAAGAAACGACAUUUCUAACCAGUAAUCCACGUGUGAACCAACAGAUAUGACGCGUUGCAGUAACGCCGAUGCACGGAACCGAGGAAUCUUCGUGCGGGGGAAGAAGAGAACGGUUUCCGUGCGCUGACUCGGAGGAGGAAAACAAGCACGUGUUACGUAACCAGGUGCAGAUGUGCAGCAUACGUAGAAGUAUUCCUGGCUUGAACGAUAGGCGAUUUACGCGAUCAUGCGAGUGUACUUUACAGGCAAGUUGUAAAGAGCAGCGAGGGCAGGAAGAGGGAGAAUAAAAAGGGAGGAAGAAAAAGAAGAGGAAGAAGAGAAGACUCGACGUCCUUACGGGGUGAAACAUCGACACAGAGCAGGGAGGAGAAAGAGAAAGGGGGAAACCGGGGAGAGGGAGAGAGAGAGAGAGCCGAAGAGAUGUCGCUGCACCAUCAGUAUUACGUUACUGCUGUGCCGGCGGACCACAAUCGGAACGGCUACAAAAUGCCACGAGCAUCCGUUGUCCACGUAACAACAUCCGUGAGGAGACCACGCAACAUGGCUCAGGUAUGGGCAACGCUGGCAGUUUCCAUGGGAUCGUUCGCUGCUGGUUUAGCAAAAGGUUACACCUCACCGGCGAUAGCUUCUCUCCAAGAGGAGCAUCACAAUCAAACAUGGCCCGGUUUCACCGUAACGAAACAACAGGCGUCAUGGGUGGCUUCGCUUUCGAUGUUGGGCGCUUUUUUCGGCGCCAUUAUCGGCGGGUGGAUACUGAGACGAGGAAGACGCCUCGCUUUGCUGGUAACGUCUCUGCCCCUGACAGCAAGUUGGGUCCUGACGGUGGUAGCGCCGACGGUCAAGCUGAUAUACACUACCAGCUUGAUCGGGGGCCUUUGCUGCUCUAUCAUCAUGAUGGUGACGCAGGUCUACAUAUCCGAAAUUUCUACCCCGGGAAUCCGAGGCUGUCUUUCGGCGGUGUUGAAGGUUGUCGGUCACGUCGGAAUGUUACUGACUUACAUCGCAGGGGCGUAUUUGAAUUGGAGACAAAGCGCAAUGCUGGUGGCAGUGGCGCCGCUUAUGCUGUUCAUCUCGGCUCUUUUCAUCCCCGAAACACCAUCUUACCUGGUGUUAAACGGCAGGGAUGAAGAGGCGGCCAGAAGCCUGCAAUGGCUGCGCGGACCGCACGUCGACAUCAGCUACGAGCUGCAGAUCAUCAAGACGAACGUUUCGGCAGCGAGGGCAACGCAGUACGGCCUCACUCUCAGCAGGAGCAUAAGAAACCCACGCCUCUACAAACCCAUUGCCAUAACCUGCGGCCUGAUGUUCUUCCAACGGUUUUCCGGAGCCAACGCGUUCACCUUCUACGCGGUGACAAUAUUCCGUCAAACACUCGGAGGCAUGAACCCACACUGGGCAGCAAUCGCCAUCGGAAUUGUUCAGCUACUCGCGUCGUUGCUUUCAGGUUUCCUCAUCGACAUAGUCGGCAGGUUGCCGUUGCUGAUAGCGAGCACGGUGUUCAUGUCCUUGGCGCUGGCCGGUUUUGGAAGCUUCGCGUACUACGACAAGGUACAACUAUCCCACUUGACGCAGGUCGAGGUGGUGCCUACGGGACAGUACGACUGGAUACCUCUGCUCUGCGUCCUCGUCUUCACGACGGCCCUGGCUUUGGGCAUCUCGCCAAUAUCUUGGCUAUUGAUUGGGGAGCUGUUCCCCCUCGAGUAUCGAGGCCUGGGCUCCAGCCUGAGUACGAGCUUCAGCUACGCUUGUGCCUUUCUGGGAGUCAAGCUGUUCGUCGAUUUCCAAGAGGACCUCGGACUUCACGGUGCGUUUUGGCUCUACUCAGCGAUGGCGGUGUGCGGUUUGUGCUUCGUGGUCUGCUGCGUGCCCGAGACGAAGGGCAAGCAGCUGGACGAGAUGAAUCCCGACUACGCUCAAGCCCGGUAGUAUAAGGCCUCCCUUACGGGAGGUCUGUCGAACCUUGAAAAGACGGGAAAACCGCUGCCGGGUUGCGCGUAUCCGAACAUGCACCACCCCCAGGGUUUGUACGACGUAAGUCGGCCGUCGGAAGAAGGCGGCGUCGAAACGCGGACGGCGGCUUUGAGCUACUCGACGAUAUUCCCGGAGCGAAAUCGCAAGCUGUCCGAUUACUGCGGCUUCGUAACCGAGAAGACCGGUAAAUUCGCCCGUGAUUUUGGCAGCUACCUGCAGUCGCAGGGUCGACGAUUUUACCGCAGAAACGAACCUCUCGAGGUUGACGCGGCCUUGAGACGGGCCACUCGCGCCUCGAACAUACCCCAGAAUCUCCGAAUCCUCGAAGAAAUUCAACGUCAGAGAUUUGCCUCAAAGGAAAUCGACGCUAAUAUUCGCCCGCAGACGUCGAGGAGCUGCGGGAAUCAGGUGGCCUGCAGAACCACCCCGAGGAAGACGCCUCAACGUCGGUACGACGACCCGCAGGAGUAUUUUUUGAGCAACUUCCGGGGCGACGUCGACGCUGACGGAAUUCGUUCGGCCACGAUCCCCAGGAGGAGCAGGAGCAACGGAUUCGAGGAACUCUUGUACUCGGCCAGGACGCCGAGUAUGGAUCUCAACUGCAGACGGCUGCAUCCGAGGAGCGUGCAGAACCUGACCGCGUUGGAAAUCGACAGGAUACUGACUCAGGGCACUUAUCCUCCGUACAUGACGAGGAGGAACUCUUCCUGCAGAAGGAAUUCCAGGCGCGGGAAUCGCGACGAGGCCGAAAACAACGAGAGGAUUCAUCGCACUCUGGCAAGACUGAACAAAAGCUUGUCGAGAGAAAUCGGUAACUAUGCACCCGGUCGGGUUCACUACGAGAGAGAGUACAGGAUAUACGGUAAGGACACGGUCGCGCUUAUUUACUAUAAAACUUGCUACUUGUGAUGUCGCUGUAUCGGCAAAUUUUUAUCCUCGGUUAGGAUACAACCCGAAAAAACAAAAAAAAAAAAUAACAAAAAAAAAAAAAAAAUACGUAAA